AUGUUCGAAGAUGAUAACGACGAUUGGUUGGAUUACGAGCUCAAUCAUGAAGAAUUCAAAGCAGCCCUAGGAUUAAGAACCAAAGAUGAGGAUAUUCAGGCGCUUGAGGAAAGCCAGCCUAAUCACAUGCCAGCCAUAAUGUUUGGAACAAUAGAAGAAGUGGGCGAGUCAAUAGUCGGAAAACCAGCCGUUGUGAUUAAGGAAUCAGCAGUUCAACAUGAACCUAUGAGGGCGGAAUUUGACAAAGAACCGUCGACAGAUCAACCCAUCAAGUAUACAGAGGAGAUUGCGGCGCAGAAUACUAUGCCAAUAAAUAUGGUAUACGUUCUUCCGGCCCUCUAUAGAUCAAUAAAGGGGCAACCAUGCCACAUGGAGGGUGAUAUCUUGAUCGAAGAACAUGUCACUGCUUUAAUUGGGAUACCAGACGACUAUGAUGACAGGCCCAAUGAUCCGCAGAUUAAUGAUUCGGGCCUAAAUAGCAAAGGCCUAGAAUCCCCAAAGAAGAAUACCCCUCAAGUUUUCUUCACUAGACCAACCAGGUCAAUGACACGACAUCUAAGACCAUUGUUCAUUUCUGCUAGAAUCAAUGGCAUGCCUUUUAAAAAGGACCUGAUCGACUGGGGAGCAGCUGUCAACAUUCUUCCUUUUAAAAGAUUGGAAAAACUCGGAAAGAGUAAAUCUGAUCUUAUAGCCACUGAAUUAACGGUAUCAAAUUUUGCAUGGACUAUCACUACAACACAUGGGAUUUUGAUUGCUGAAUUCGAAGUUGGAUCAAAAAAUUUGAUGGUGUCUUAUUUGGUGGUUGACAACACGUCUUUCUACCACGCAUUGAUGGGUAGAGAUUGGAUACAUCAGAGCAUGUCCAUACCUUCCUCCCUUCAGCAAGAAUUGUUAAUGUGGGAUGAGGAGAUAGAGGAUUAUGAGAUGAUCAAGGCAGAUCCACAGCCUGUCCUACCAUCAGCUAAUAAUGUUGACGCAAGAUUCCCCGCACGGGGGUAUGGUGUUGAGUAUCUUGGCUAUCCUCAGUCGGCAUAG